CGCCCUCCUCUUGUCCCCCUAAAAAAUCGGCUCCGCUGAUCCGCGCGCUUUCUGUCCGGAUGGCGGAAGAGCAGGGCUUGGCGCACAGGAUCCGGCAAGUCUUCGAGCGCUUCGACAAGGAUGGGGGCGGCUCGUUGGACCGCCAGGAGAUGCAGUCGGUCUUCAGGACGCUUUGCCCGUCCUUCAGCUCCAAGGAGAUCAAUCAGUUCGUGCACGAGCUGGACAAAGGCGGCGAUGGGUCGGUGUCUCGCGCGGAGUUCAUGGCUUGGAUCAGGGAAAGCAGCCCCGCAGCGGAGCAAGUGUACAAGGUCAUCCUCAAGGAGACGGGGGAUGCCAUGUCCGCCAGAGUUAGAGAGGUCUUCCAGAGGUUUGACUCAGACGGCGGUGGGUACCUGGACAAGGACGAGUUGUCUCGGGUCUUCCGCGCGCUGGACCCGGACUUCACCCUGAAGGACAUCGACUGCCUGUGCAAGGAUCUGGACAAAGGUGGGGACGGCAAGGUGUCGCACAAGGAGUUCCUGCACUGGUUAAAACACCCCAACGAGCUUACUCAGGUGGUGACGCGGGCCAUCCUGAGGGAGACGGGCGGGGCCCGGGAGGAGCGCAUCAAGAAGGCCUUCCAGACCUACGACGCCACAGGGGACGGGUCCUUGAACAUUGAGGAGCUGAGGAAAGCGCUCAAGGUGCUCGGCACCUUCUCAGAGGACGAGGUGAGGAAGGUCUGCGCGGAUUUGGACAAGAGCCAGGACGGGGAAGUGUCCUUCGAGGAGUUCUCUGCAUGGAUCAAGGCGGGGCAGGGGCCGAAGGAGGCCACCAAGGCCAAGGCCAUCCUCGCCCCCGCCGACUCCGAUGGCAUGGAGGCGGUGUUCUACAACUUUUGCGGGGUGGGCCACGCGGACAUGGACGGCAAGGGACUGAGGAAGCUGUGCAUGGACUGCAACCUGCUAGACAAGAAGUUGGACGGGCCCUCCUUGGACCUGAUCUUCGCAGACCACCGGGUGAAGCCGAAGUCCUGCAGCCGCAUCGACUUCUUCCAGUUCGAGGUGGCGCUGGAGCUCCUAUCGGAGAAGAAGGGCGUGCCCAAGUCGGAGGCGAGGAAUGCCAUGCUGCAGCAGGGGCAGCCCAAGAUGCCGAAGAUUUCCACAGUGAUAUUGAAGCCAAGGGUUGUGAAGAAGGACAGCGCUCGGAGCGUCAGCGAGAAGCGGAUCGCUUCCAUCCUGCGGGGCGCCAACGAGGACGCCUGGCGCCGGGAAGUGGACAACACCGCGCUGUGGCGGACCUUUGGCUUGGACUCCCGCGCCGGGCGCAUCCUGAAGCGUGUCUACUCCUCCCCUGCCAUGGCACAGACGCUGCCGGCGCUGGCCAGCCCCAUGGGCUCGCCCGCCAGGAGCGACAUUCAUCUCGAGACACUUCUGGCGAAGACACUGGGUCUGACUGUUGGGGUCUCCACUUGCAAAAUGAAACAGGCUGCCUUGCAGAUGCUGGAUCAGAAGGGUCCAGCUCCUCGGCUGACCUUUUUCGAGGGCGGCAGCCAAGCGAUCCACAUCUAUAGCUGCCUCCCUGGCAACAAGGUGUUGUUUCCUGGCCUCGCAUCCGAGACUCUUCAGAACCACGUGCCCGCCUUGAUCGACCUGGCGUGCGACGAGGGCCCGCAGCAGCCCUUCAGGAAUCUGCAGAUCUUGGCGACGCAGGUUCUAGUUCAGCUGUGCUUUGGGGCAGCUUCUCGCAGACGGGUGGGCAAUAGCCUGCGCAUGGACAAGGUGAAGGCCAUGCUGACAGUGGCCUUCUUCCCGGCACCGGAGGGCAGCGGCCUGGUGCCGCACCACGUCUUCGUGGUGUGCUUGCUGCUCGCCAGCCUUUGCGACCUUGCUGUGCCGGAAGAGGGCGGUCUCUUCGGGCAGCUGGGCCUGGAGUCAGGCGCUUUCGGGCGCGUGGGUUUCUUGCCGUGCCUGGCACCGGCGCUGGCGGCGGCGGUGCGGAGAGAGGACUGGCCGCCGGAGAGCGCCUCGACUCGGAUCGAGGCCUACAUGGCGGACGCUGGAGGACACGAAGCGCCCGCUACUUCAGGCUGGAAGUCAUGCCGGCCGACGAAGCGCAACAAGCUACCUCGCGACGUCCAUUGGCCGGCCUGGAAGUUGACCCAGGUCAUUGAGCGCUUGAGCCGCCACGGCUUUGCCCAUGAGCUCCGGAUGUGCAUCACGCCCCUUACGGGACUGGUGGUGAACCCAGGCGAUGGGGGGUCCCGUGGCGCGCGCCUGGCGGCGGAGGCCAUGCGCAACAUCUCCUGCGCCGCGGCACUUGACGCGGACCAGCUGCGAUUGGACGCCCAGUGUGCAGCAGAGCCGGAGGCGCUGCGGGCCGCCCUGGAAGCUUUGGUGCACGAAACGCCGGCGGCGCAUGACCUCCUGGAGGUGUACAUGGAGGGCCGGGACCCUUUGCCCCUCUGGCCCGAGGGCCCCUGAGCUUGUCCCAUGCGCCCGCGCACGGAGCCUCCUGAAAGGAAGCAAGGUCGGGAGUCAUCUUUUACAUGCACUUCAUCCAAUAACCGUGGGCGUGGCACGUCUGGAUGGCACGUGUGCAUAGAUUCUGCUCUUUUCCGCCGAGGGAUUUGGGCGGCUGAGUGUCC